GGGUCUCACCCUUUCCGGAUCCGGGCUCGAGGGAAGGGGCUGUCGCUGGUCCCCACCCUGACAAACUGGGGGGCUGAGGACUGGAGGUGUGGGGUGAUCGGAACGGGGUAAUCGGAGCAUCUCGGACUAGGUUUGAGGGCGGCGUCCCCUCUGGGGACGUUCUGAGGGUGUGACUGAGUUCACAAAGUUUCCUUUGGGGUAGGAGGAAGGGAGGGAUUCUUUAUUAUUUUUUAUUUUAUUGCCUAAAGUUUUACAUAUGUCUCCUUUUGACCCAAUGGACCUCCUCCCAAGGGAGGGACUCUAGGGAGCUUUGCUAGGGCUUUCUUGCUUGGAGGGGGUGUACAGGAGAGUUGACCCUGGGUAGACCUGUGCGGUGGGUGGAGGGGUGCAGUGGGCGGAGGGGUGCAGUGGGAAGAGGGGUGCAGUGGGCGGAGGGGUGCAGUGGGCAGAGGGGUGCAGUGGGCGGAGAGGUGCAGUGGGCAGAGAGGUGUGGGGAGCCUAAGAUCCCAGCCUCUGAGAUUGGAGCCAGUUGACCUGCAAGUGAGGCAGCUGGACGGAAAUUAGGGAUUUGGGGUUUUUCGUUUGUACUCUGGGUGUGGGGUUUAAGAGCUGAGUUGACCGGCGAUGCAGCCUGUGCAAAGCUGAUCUGUAACGUUCAACACUAGAUGAGCUGCAGCGGUGCUUUUGCCCCAAGGGUCUUCUGUCCCCACUCCGUGCUGCAUCCCCCUUCCCCGCAGGGUCCAGGAGCUGCGGGAAGAGAUGCUUUUGCUCUCUCCCAUGACUGGUGGUACGAGUGGGAACCUUUCCUCUGACCAGAAAGCCUCCGUACCCUUCUUCACCGACGUUCCUUGGCUCGGAGCCUUCCUCCUUUCUCCGAAAUCUUCCUUUUCUGUGCACUUUCCCCACCGGACUGUCCUAAAGCAGAACCUGGAAUUCCUAGCUCUGCUGUCUCCAGUUUUCUCUUCCCUCUAUUCAUGGCGACAUCACCUACCAGUCCCAGUUCACCGCUCCGGGCGGAGGAUCUCCUGAGUGACUCGUCAGAAGCCCCUGCGCUGAACCAGGUGUCCUCCGAGGUCACCUCCCAGCUCUAUGCUUCCCUGCACCGCAGCCGGCAGGCAGAGGCCACCGCCCGCGCCCAGCUGUACCUGCCCUCCGCCGCCCUCCCGCCUCACGAGGGGCUGGACAGCUUGGCCCAAGAGCUGAGUCGCAGUUUGUCAGUUGGAUUGGAGAACAACUUGAAGAAAAAGAUGAGGGAGGAUGGUUCCAAGCAUAUCUUUGAGAUGGAAAGUGUUCGGGGCCAACUCCAGAGCAUGCUCCAAAACUCACGUGAUACAGCCUAUCGGGAUCCCCUUAUUCCAGGAGCUGGUUCAGAGAGACGGGAAGGAGACUCCUUCGACAGUGAAAGCACAGCCACCUUGCUUAACACCCGACCCCUGCAAGACUUAUCUCCAUCUAGCUCAGCCCAAGCCCUGGAGGAACUGUUUCCCCGUUAUACUAGCCUUCGGUCAGGACCCCCACUCAACCCCCCGGAUUUUCAGGGCCUGAGAGAUGCACUGGAUUCAGAGCAUACCCGCCGAAAGCAUUGCGAGCGCCACAUUCAGAGCCUACAGACCCGGGUACUGGAGCUUCAGCAGCAGUUAGCUGUGGCCGUGACUGCGGACCGCAAGAAAGACAUCAUGAUUGAACAGCUGGACAAGACCCUGGCGCGUGUGGUGGAGGGCUGGAACCAGCAUGAAGCCGAACGCACAGAGGUACUUCGGGGACUCCAGGAGGAACGUCAGGCGGCUGAGCUCACUAGAAGCAAGCAGCAGGAGACAGUAACCCGCCUGGAACAAAGUCUGUCUGAGGCCCUGGAGGCCCUGAAUCGCGAGCAAGAAGGUGCCAGAAUACAGCAACGGGAAAGAGAGCUGCUGGAAGAGGAAAGGCGAGCUCUGACCUUGAGCUUGGAGCUAGAGCAGCAGCAGUGCCGGGCCCUGCGGGAGGAGCGGGAGGAGGCUCGCGCCGGGCAGAUCCGUGAGCACCAGCAGCUGGAGACACUUCAGGUUGCCCUGGAAGAAGAACGGCAGGCCUGGGCCCAGCAAGAGCGCCAGCUGAAGGAGCACUACCAGGCGCUGCAGGAGGAGGGCCAGGCGCAGCUGGAAAGGGAGAAGGGGAACAUGCAGAAAGAAGCCCAGGCCGCCCGGGAGGCCCAGCAGCAACUGGCAUUGAUGCAGGCAGAGCUGCGGAGGGCGGAAGGAGAGCUGGAUACGGCCCGGAGGGAGACAGACGCCCUGCAGCUGGAGAUGAGCUUGGUGCAGGCCCGGUAUGAAAGCCAGCGGAUCCAGCUGGAGUCAGAGCUGGCUGUGCAGCUGGAGCAGCGGGUGACGGAGCGGCUGGCCCAGGCUCAGGAGAGCAGCCUGCGGCAAGCAGCUGCCCUGAGGGACCAGCACAGGAAGCAGCUGCAGGACCUCAAUGGACAGCACCAGCAGGAACUGUCCGCUCAGUUGGCUCAGUUCAAGGUGGAAAUAGCAGAACGAGAGGAGAGGCAGCAGCAGGUGGCUCAGGACUAUGAGCUCCGACUGGCCCGGGAGCACGCGCGAGUGCGGGAGCUGCAGAGCAGGAACCAGCAGCUGGAGGAACAGCGGGCCGAGCUGGUAGAGCGACUCCAAGCCAUGCUGCAGGCCCACUGGGAGGAGGCAAACCACCUGCUGGGCACCUCUACCCUGCCUGCCAACCCCCCAGCCCCAGCCGCCUGCCCCUGCAGCCCUGGGCCUCAGGAACGAGAGAAGGGGGAGAGGAGGAACUGGACGAUGCCUCCCACGGCCGUGGCCCUGAAGCCUGUGUUGCAGCAGAGCCGGGAAGCAAGGGACGAGCUGCCUGGCGUCCCACCUGGUCUCUGCAGCUCCUCCCCAGACCUGAGCCUCCUGCUGGAGCCCCCUUUCCAGAACCAGCAUUCCUUCCAGCCCCUGGAGCCAAAGCCAGAUCUCACAUCAUCCUCAGAUGGGGCCUUCUCCUCUGCAGUUGGAGCCUUCCAUCCCGAUCACAGAGCAGAACGGCCAUUCCCUGAGGAAGACCCUGGAGCAGAGGGCGAUGGCUUCCUGAAGCAAGGGCUGCCUCCCCCGUCUCAGCUGGAGGGCCUCAAGCAUUUUUUGCAACAGCUGCUGGAGGCAGGUCCCCAGAACAGUGAGGACCCCUCUGUGGACCUGUUACCCCCUAAGUCUGUUCCCCUGACCGUCCCAUCUUGGGAGGAAGCCCCUCACGUGCCACGCCUCCCACCCCCUGUCCAUAAAACUAAAGUACCCUUAGCCAUGGCGUCUAGUCUUUUCCGGGCCCAUGAGCUCCCCUCAACCCAUUUACAGAGCAGUGGUCCCAGCAGCGGCUCCCCAGAGAGAGGUGGAGAUGGGCUCCCAUCCUCGAGGCAGCUGAUGGAGAUGUCGCAGCUGUUGCGGCUGUACCAGGCCCGGGCCGGGGGCGCACUGCCUGCUGAGGACCUGCUGCUCUACCUGAAGAGGCUGGAACAGAGCGGGACUGACAGCCGAGGGGAGCAGGUCUCCAGAAGGAACGCAGACUGCCGCCUGGGUGAGAUCCCCCGGAAAGAGAUUCCCUCCCAGGCUGUCCCUCGACGCCUCGCCGCGGUCCCUAAGACGGAAAAGCCUCCAGCUCGCAAGAAAAGCGGACACCCUGGCCCCGGCAGCGUGCGGAGUCGGGCGGGAAUCUGGAGAUGAGCCUGCCCUUUCUCCCCUCGGUUGUGCUCUGGUUACUCUUUUAAUAAAUGCUCCAGAGGCUGUUAGAGUCUGUGACUCAGGAAUUGGCAAAUGGAGGUUUUGUAGGAAACUAUUUUGUAAAGAAACCUCAUUUUAUUCUGUUGGAGUGUGUUUUUUAUAUGUCACAUUUCUAUUUUAUAUUCUGUGGAAAAGGACAGGACAGUCUCAUGGCUAGAUGGGAGAAGUUUUAAUGAGCUAAGGUUCAAUGUUAACGGAUAAAACCUACAGAGUGACUAGCUGUGAUUGGCAGUGUAAUUUUGAAUGAUUUUUAUUUUCUUUCUACAUUCCUGUGUUUUCCAACUUUUCUAAAACAAGUAUGUAUUAUUCAUCAGAACAAACAAACUUUUAAUAAAAUAAUAAGUUAUGGAAA